AUUCGCAUUAUUCUUGUAGUAGAACAUGAUACUUGAUACCCAUUAGUGUAUCUUUUCAAAAGCAGAUACGAAAGGUGAAAAGCAGAGCGGUGGUUUUUUCAAAAGGAAUAUGUUCCUUCCUAUUUUCUUUUCUAUCUCAAAUAUAAUGGGUGUAAUUGUUUUCAACGAUUUAUACAUAUGGAUGCUUAUGUAUGCCUGUGUAAUCUUCCAAUACAAUACAAAGUAAAGUAGACAGAGGAAGAGAGAGAGAUGGGUUGGUUUGUUAAGGAAAGAAGAGGAGGUGCUUGGAAGCGAGGAUGGUUGGAAGAAAUACUGUUCUCGUCUUCAGCCCCUCCUCUAACACUACUAACUCUCUUUGCCAUCAUAUCUCUGCUCCUCUUUCUCUCCUCCUACCCACGAUACAGGUAUGAGGUUCAGAGAACCGCAAUGAAUCUCAAGCUCUUCCUCAUGUUCCUCCCAAUUCUUUUUGUCUUUCUGCUGGUCUCUCUGCAGUUCGUCCAUCGAAUUCUCUUCAGAUCCUCUUACUACGUCAGAGCAAAUCAGGCUACGUCCCUUUUUGGAGAAGGCCACUUUCCCUGGGGAGUCUUGCUUAUGCUAGUUCUUAUAAUUCUUUUGGUUUCUAAACAAUCUUACUUUCACUCCUUAUGGUACCCGACUUUAUGAUCUUUCCAUCGUUUCUUUAUUGUCCAGAAACAUACUUUAUAGAUUGAUAUUUGUUUCUUGUAAUCCACAUCCAACUCUACACAUGUGUUAUCUGCUAACCUAUUUUGAUAUACUGUUUCUUUUAGU